GCUGUCACGGCUUCACUAGUUACGGCUCUUACACUAAUCAAGAUAAGUUUGAAAGGAUUUAUGGAGAACUCGGCACUUACCCUGACGAAUCUUCCACUGUAAGGACGUGAGAGGAAGAAGUAUUAUGAACAUUAUCCAUUAAAUAAGUGAACGAGACAUUGCUAUGGCAUUGAAACCAUGUACCAAAGGCUGAGUUUCAAAUCUGGAUGAAAGAGAAGAUGUAAAAAAGUGGAAGAAAAUCCUAGGAAAACGCUAGUUUGUACCAGUCCUACAGAAGCAACCAUGGCAAGACUUCUCAUACAUAUCUUCAUGUUAACAGUGGCACUUACUUCGAGAAUUAUGCCUAGCCUUGCAUCAACUGAGAAUUAUGAUGAAUUUAUAACUGAGCCUCCAACUGUGGAAACUGCUCAAAAUCUGAUAAAGCAGAAGAUAAUGGAUGCACAGUUUAAGUGUUAUGAAAAAAUGGCCAGGGAUACUUCUUAUAAUAAACCAGGCCUAUAUUGCAAUAGAACCUGGGAUGGAUGGUUAUGUUGGGAUGAUACACCAGCGGGAACGUUAAGCAUACAAAAUUGUCCAAAUCACUUCAAUGAUUUUGAUGCAACUGAAAAAGUUACAAAGUACUGUGAUGAAAAUGGGAACUGGUUUAUACAUCCUGAAACCAAUCGAACUUGGUCCAACUAUACGUUUUGUAAUAAAUAUACAGACUAUAAACUGAAGAUGGCAACAAUCCUUUACUACAUGGCAGUUGUGGGUCAUAUUCUGUCAAUUAUAUCUUUACUGAUUUCUCUGGCCAUCUUCUUCUAUUUCAAGAGUCUCAGCUGCCAAAGGAUAAUACUGCAUAAAAAUUUGUUCUUCUCCUACAUGUUUAAUUCAGCCUUUACCCUUAUUCAAUUAAUGGCGGUGGCCAAUGACCAGAAAGUAGUCUUUCAAAACCCUGUGGGAUGUAAGGUGCUGCAAUUCUUCCUUCAGUAUAUGCUGGGCUGCAAUUAUUUUUGGAUGCUUUGUGAGGGGAUCUACCUGCACACACUCAUUGUGGUGGCAGUAUUUGCUGAAGAACAACAUCUACACUGGUAUUACCUCCUGGGCUGGGGAUUUCCAUUAAUACCAGCUGCCAUUCAUGCAGUGGCCAGAACAAAAUACUUUAAUGACAAUUGUUGGAUAAGUGUUGAAACAUACCUGCUUUAUAUAGUGCACGCCCCGAUUGUUGCAGCUUUGUUGGUGAACUUAUUCUUCUUGCUGAACAUUGUUCGUGUCUUGGUUACAAAGUUGAGGGACACUCACCGCUCUGAAUCCAAUAUGUACAUGAAGGCUGUCAGGGCAACUUUGAUACUUGUGCCGCUGUUGGGUAUUCAAUUUGUUAUUAUUCCUUGGAGACCAGAAAACCGACUGGCUGGAGAAAUUUAUGACUAUAUUAUGAAUAUAUUUAUGCAUUACCAGGGUGUACUGGUGGCUACUAUGUUUUGUUUCUUUAAUGGAGAGGUGCAAGCAGCUCUGAAGAGGCAGUGGAUGCAGUACAAAAUACAGCUGGGUCAGAAACAGCGGGAACACUGCUCCAUGCGCUCAACCUCAUACACAGCAACAUCCAUCACUGAGGUUCCCAUUUACCCCAAUCUUCAAGAUAGCAACAGCGAACAUAUAAACGGCAAGUUCAUGGAGGAUUCUGAAAUUACUGCCUUGAAAUCAAAAGAGACGUACGCUUGACUUGACUGAAAGAUAAAAACAACUGCUUCCCAUUUUACCCAUUAAAACACAGAGUCCAAUAUCAACUGUCAGUCUCUAAAAUAAGCAACCCAACACAGCAGGGAAAAAAGGUAAACACUUUGCUGGCAGUGGCAGUCAAGAAGGGGGCCAGUCAAGGCAGAUGUUUCAAUAUUUCAUACAGUACUGCUUUCAGAAAUCUGACUGGAAAAUGGAGCUGUCAGUUGACAAGUGUGACAUUUCUAUGGCUACACAUCCUUCUUAAAAAACAUGGUCUACUACAAAAGUCUGGCUAAGAAUACUUCAAAAAUCUGCACCAGGAUCAUGGAGUGUAAACGAACGCCAAGGUGGUACACAACUUAUCCCAAUGGGGCACUAUCUGGCAGUUCCAGGCCAAGCACAAAUCCAAGCUCUGGAGGCUGAUUUAUUCCAUGAGUUCUGCUCUGCUUCUCGUGAAAAUUAAGAGGCCUUGAAGAUUUAGCCCUUGGCCCUAAAACCAUUCUUUUCUUUAAUGCUCGUUUGGGGAAGUGGUGAAAGUUGUUCUUAAUUUACAGGUUUACAGGGAUUAUUUGGUACAUCUUCCUCAUGUUUUGGUUUUAACGGAGAAAAACAACUGCACAUAUAAAGGAAAUAGUGUGCCUAGACUAGUGGGAUAAGCAUGAUUGUAUGUUUCAAAAUGAAAUCCAUCACAGCUAGCUUGAAAGUCGUCAUCAAACUGUACCUUUGCACACUCAUGGCCUAUCCAUCUAUUAGCAACACUAUAAUUUGGCUCUUCUUCCUUGCUGUGGUUUGUUUCCAGCAAGUUAGCAAAUAGCAUCCGUUAAGCAGUUGUAUGGAGCUCUGUGAACUGUACCUUGGCACUGGAGAAUGAAGAGGCCAAACCAGACAAGCAGGCAGGGCCAGAAAGUCCUUUCCAAGUCAGUUCUUUAAUGGAGAACUAGUCAACAGUGUACGCAAGAGUCAAGAUUUUACGGUUGUUAGUACAAUAUGUUGAACAUAGUGCAGAAUAAGAAAUAUUCACUAAAACUCACAUUCUAUGUUCUCUCAAAGCUGACAUUUUGCUCUGGUAUAACUUGUCCUUAUGUUAUGUGAAGCUGUCUUCAACCCAUGCAUGUGGAUUGAAUUCAUUGGUUAGAUUUUGCAAAUACUUUGUAGAAUCUAUAAAGUAUGAUAUUGAGAGAGGGAUUUUUUUCUCUUCAAAAAUUGCUGCUCGGAUGGAAAUGAGCAACACUGUGUCUGGGAGCGCUCAAGCCUGCUCGUAAAGUUCCACUGAGGUCAUCCGAACCACGUGUGCUGGAGGCAAAUAAGCAGGACAGCUAACGCUUGUGCUUGGGUUCAGCACAAGCACCCAGAGGCAUUUCUACACAGCCCGUCUGCAGAAGCAAAUGCCCUUCUAUCCUGGAAUGCAAAAUGACAUUUCACAAAACAGGAAGUGACUGAGAUCUUGAUUUCACCAAAGUAGAUUGGAGCUGAUGAAACUAAUUUUGGAGUAGAUAUUUUUCAAGAUAUUUUAAACUUGCUUUUCUAACUACUGUUUUUUAAAAUAUAACAUUCUAAUGUUUGAUUAAUAGGCAAUGCUAAGUUUCUCUAUACUAAGUGGUGAAGUCAAAAGAAUGGGUGAGAAAUUCUCCAAAUCUCUAUUUUUAGCCACAUCAUUAGAACAUUUGUGAAGGUUUCUCCUGUUCAAUAUUUCUACUGAGAUUGUAAAUAUGUUAUUGCAGAAUGCUUUACUGUUUCACUAGAAAUAAUGAACAAGGAAGAUCUUUUACAGACUUACUUACCAUAUAGUUAGAUAGAGCCUGGGGAAUUUGUGCUCCCAUGAUACUGGAAAGGUAUUUCAUUGCAAGAAAUGCUAUGGAUCUGACAGUGCACAGAUGAGAAAAAAAUGUCAAGUAACCACUAGUGUUUCCAGAUUCAGGUGAUGAAUGAACAAUCUUGCCUAGAUAAUAACACUGUUCAAAGUUGAAUUUGUGUCAAAUGCACAGGUACGCAUAUACACAGCUGCAAUGAAACAGUACAUGUAUCAUAGGCACGUAUGAUCAUAUCAGCAUCAUUCACAAGAAAAACACAAAUUAAUCAUAAUUUUUCACACAAUUACAACAAAGCAAACUCCAUUUUGGUUGGAGGUAGUCAAAGAGUUGCUAAACUGUAGUGAUUGGUGUUUUGCCAGUGGGUUCAAGGACAGGAUGUUUGAACUGUUCAUAAACCUGAUGGUGUUGGACUUCAGCUUCUGUAAUUCCUAUUCAAUGGUAGCUGCAAGAAGAUGACAUGGCCUGGAUGGUGGGGAUACCACCAGUGAUGGGUAGGGAUAGGUGCACCCAUGAUGCUUUGAGCAGAAUUCACUGCUCUCCACAGCUUCUUACAUUCCUACUUCAAAACUUCACAUGUGACAUACUGAAUAUUCAUUGCCAUGAACUUCCAGUGAAAGAGUGUUUAAAAAGAAGGGUUUAAAUUCUCAUUCCUGAAGAGAAGAACUGAGAAUUGUAAUCGAUGACGCAUUUCUAAAGGAAAAACGUCUCCUUUUCGGAAAGGAUGAAUUAACUACCAGGUGACUGUUUAGUGAUGACACCCAGACUGUGGCUAAAACCAUUGAACAUGUAUAAUUAAAAUUAUUGUCGUGGUGGUGGAAUUAAAUUGAUAUAUACCUAUUUAAAUAUUUGACCACCAUCAGCACAUCUACAUAAAAAAUACUGCGGGGAUAAACACCUGAGAUAAAUCCUCCGAUCACUGAGACCCACAUCUCACUUUUGUUAAACUGACUGUCUUGUCAAACCCGCAGGUAUGAAAAGGCAGGAAUUCAGCCUGUUCCUAAAAUAAAGGAUUCCAAAGCAAAUUAUUUGUGCCUCAGAAACGCAACUAGACUCCCCUUUAUGUCCUAUCAUUUGGAUCUGCUCCUUAGAGGUACACUCUCACCUGAAAUAGAUAAGAUUUCUGUCUAUCAAGUGAGCCUCUACAGUUCCACUUUAAGAACACAAAUGACCCUGUACUGAUGAAAGGUCAUCAGCCCAAAGUCAUAGCUCUGUUUCUCCCUUCAUGGAUACUAACUGAGCUGUCAAGCAUUUCUGACAAUAUUGUUCUUAUUCCAUAAACAACUUGAUACUUAAGUGCACUGCUACUUUGUUUGCAUCAGGAGAUUGUAGUUAAAACGAACUGUUGUCUCUAUAGUUGCAAUGCCAAUAUUAAAUUACAGCAUCAAAUUUCAAUCUAACAUAAAUUCCAUUUAAUUUUACUGCAAAAGAUGGCAUUGAUUUGGUCCUUGCCCCUAGUGGAAAUGAUGUGAGUGAAGCUGGAGGCAAUCUGGACCAUUACAGUAGGCAGGGUGCACUUACACUUCUGACCUGCCUCGACCUAAUUGACUGUCAUUUUAAGUUGAGGGUGGCAAAGGGAGCUCCACAACAUGUGAUGUUCUUCUUACACGUAUUCCACGGGUUCUGGUUACUGGGACCUGAUUUGUUAUUUAACCCGAGGCAGUGGUGGCAUCAGGACAUGACAUGUUCUGAUUGCAGAACUAUUAGUUGUCAAAAAGCUCUGAAAUAAUUAAUUAAGACUACCAGGAUUUCAUCGUAGGCAGAUUGUGUUGGUUCCUGAUGUUUACAGUGGAAUAAUGAAUUCUUGUUCAAAAUAAGCAAAAAUCAAUAAAAAAUAACAACUGAAUCUGCGUAAUCACAAAACCUCCGUGAGGAUGAUUGUAUUCCUUCAUUCUAUUCAUCACUAUUUGUACUAAAGUGGUAUUUGAACAGUUUUAUACUUAAAGAAUUAAUGUACAGUCAGUUGCUUAAUGUAAUGUUAUUUUCUGUUACAUUGUGUUCUAUGGAAAAUAAUACUAGAAAUUCUCCCUGUAAAUAUUUCACCCAGUGAGCUUCCCCUUUAAAUACAUAGAUUUGUUUAUUAUAUAUAUUCUUUAACACAUCACUUUAUCUCCAAAAUGGUUUACUUAAAGUUCACGUUUGAGAAAUUAUUCAAUGUCAAAUGCUGACAGCUUUGUUUUAAAUGCAUUACUAACUAAACACAAGCUCUGGCUUCUGAAGUAGCUGUUAUUUAAAAUAUAUGUGAA